CUUGGGGUUCACGAAACUGCUUAUACAAUCCCCAAAUUCAGCUCCAUUCAGUGACGACAUAAAUCCGGAAGUAAGAGCGGCCGAGUUGUUUCAUCGCAGGCUGCCGCAACCUCACUGGUGUAACAAGACGAGAUAGUUGGUUAUACUAAUAGACAGUGGGGAAGACUAGGGGGCGUGUAAGGGGUAGGAUACACUUACACAAAUUAAAGCAUUUUAAAAUAUUGUCAGCACUGGAAAAUAAUUGGAAGAUUCCUUUGCAAUGUCCCACCAAACGGGAAUACACGCGACCCCAGAGCUGAAGGAGUUCCUGGCCAAGGCAAGAGCUGGGUCCGUGAGGCUUAUCAAGGUGGUCAUCCAGGACGAGCAGCUGGUGCUGGGCGCCUACAGAGAGCCGUCACAGAGCUGGGACCGUGACUAUGACCACUUCCUGCUUCCUCUUCUGGACGCAAUGGAGCCCUGCUAUGUCCUUUAUCGCCUGGACUCCCAGAAUGCUCAGGGCUAUGAGUGGAUCUUCAUCUCCUGGUCUCCUGACCAGUCUCCGGUGAGGCAGAAGAUGCUGUAUGCUGCCACUCGGGCCACAGUGAAGAAAGAAUUUGGCGGGGGGCAUGUCAAAGAUGAGCUGUUUGGCACAAUGGAGGAAGACAUUUGCCUCCAGGGAUACAAGCGACAUGUGAUGUCCUGUUCUGCCCCUGCACCUCUGACAGCAGCUGAGCAGGAGCUGCAGCAAAUUAAAAUCAACGAGCUCAGAGAGCUGGCAGAUGGUGGAUGGUGGGGGACAGAAAUAAAAUGGUUUCCUAUGGACAGGGUUGUGCGGGAUGAGCGCAGGCGGGCAGAUAGACCCGCUGGGCGUGCGAAGGUGAAGACAGAGAUCAGCGUAGAGAGUAAGCACCAGACAUUGCAGGGCCUUGCAUUCCCUCUGCAGGAAGGGGCCCGGCAUGCCCUGCAGCAGCUCACACAGAGACGCAUCAAUUAUAUACAGCUGCGGUUGGACACAGAGCGGGAGACCAUUGAGUUGGUGCACACCAACCCCACGGAGGUUAGCGAGCUGCCUCGAAGGAUCCCCACAGACACGCCGCGAUACCACUUCUUCCUCUACAAGCACUCCCAUGAAGGAGACUACUUAGAGUCUGUGGUCUUUAUCUACUCCAUGCCUGGGUACAGCUGCAGCAUUAAAGAAAGGAUGCUGUAUUCCAGCUGUAAGAGUCGACUGCUGGAUGAGGUGGAGCGGGACUACCAUCUGGAGAUCGCUAAAAAGUUGGAGAUUGACAGCGGGGCGGAGCUGACAGAAGAGUUGCUGUAUGAGGAGAUUCAUCCCAAGCAGCAGGCCUUCAAGCAGGCCUUCGCCAAGCCCCGUGGCCCAGCCGGGAAGAGAGGCAACAAGCGGAUAAUCAAGGGCCCCGGAGAAAACGGAGAGGAGUACUAGAGAGGGGCUUGGUGGGGCUCGGCCCAACUUCACCCUGCCCCCUGCCCCCUGGUCUUGAACCUGCCCCCUCCGGAAGUGGACACGCCUCCAGCCCCAUAUGUGUCCCAUGAGCCUCCACACUCUGUUGUGUCUGGAAGGAGGGGAAGGAAAUGGAAGAUUCUCUUGUUGUUUUUACCUUUUUCUCCCUGUGUUGUUAGCCAUGUCUCAAGUGUUUCACACAAUGUAUCAAAAAACCCCUUCAGCAAAGAAGCCUGUUGGAACUCUCACACGCAUGCACUCACACCCUCUUGUUCUCUCUCUGCCUCUCUCACACACACACACACACACACAUAUAUGUAGAUCAUUCUGUAGGACAUUAUUGGUUGAAAAUGAACAAGCUUCCUGAAGCAGGGUGGAACAAAGGCUCUGCCCCCUUCAUUACCCGGCAUGGGAGCCAGAUGUUGGUCCUCCGUGACCUCGGCAGAAAAAGGUGGAUGGACAGACAACAGGAGCGGUGUGGGUUUGAAAUGAAAUGUUUUUUACUGAUCCUUUCUGUUUCCUUACUCCCUGCUUCACUCAUGGGGUUUUCUGGGAAGCAGGCACUGGGCGCCACAUACCUCCAGCCUGUCUCUCACUGCCUCCAUGCCUCCAUCAGAUACCCUGCCCAUCUGCAGUCUCUCACUAAACCCUGCCUGUCCCACAACUGUGUUGCUCCAUGCUUCCUUCCAAUGUUUGUGGUGUCACAUAGGUGCUUACAUGGAUACAACAGACACCACCAAGACUUAUUAGACAUCUGAGAAGGAAUUCCAAAUAAAAUCUAUUUCUGUAUACUGGCUGAUACUGUUUUAAACACUAAUAAUAAUCUACAUUGCAGAAUAUGGAUGGGCUUUUGGGCUAAAUUCUUUAAAUGUUUAUACUUUGAAAUGCCGGGUUAUUAAAUGUUUAAACAUUUCUCCAUAUAAUAAGAAAUAAUAAUGACUAACACUUUAUUAAAAUAAAAACAAUCUUCAACAUUUUAAAUUCCUUGCAAUUCUGUAUUUAAAGUUUAUAUGUAAUUUGAGAACUAAUUUCUGUCAACUUGAUCGGAAAUGGUACUGAUUCUUGAAUGACAUAACCUGCCUUUUUAUUUAUCCCUUUUCUAAUCAUACAGAUGACCUACUGAGAGGGAAAUAAACAUAUUUCUAACUUUUGGCGGUUCAUAAAGAAAAAUGUAUGCCUGUCCACUGUAUGAAUACCAACAGCCAAACCAGUGCACAUUGUUAAGGCAUCUGCAGAAAAAAAAUACUAUGAUGAAUUUAAAAAUGACCUGUGUGUACUGUCUGGUAUUGAACUGCCUAUCUGAAUAGCAUGAACCCCUAGGGACAAACCAUGUUAUGAACAAAGAGUGAUACCAA